CCGCGAGCGCCGUAUCAGUACUGGCUUGGUCACUACUCCUAUUCUAUAUCCAACCAAGCAGGUCUGCUUUGCUGUCCUCUUGAACUUGAACCUCCACCCCCAACUGUAAUACUGGGACGCUGCUCUUCGAGGACAACAUUCAUGUCGACCUCCACUACGUCCAAAGUUGCCAUCAUCACCGGUGCCGAGUCUGGAAUUGGUCGGCAGAUCGCCUACGAACUUGCCGAGCGUGGAUAUGAUAUCGGUGCUACAUGGUUUGAUUCUCAGGAGGAGGGACAGAAAGUUUGUGAGCGUGUACGCGCGAUGGGCAGGCGGGCGGAGUUGCUGCAUCUCGACCUCACCGUCCUGCCGGAUUCCGAGAGCCUGGUGGACGACUUCAUCAAGCUCUUUGGAGAUCUGGAUCUGCUAGUCAACUGCGCUGGAGUAGGACGCAGAGGGACCAUCCUCGAAAUCGACUGGAACGACUGGCGCCGCACCUUCUCGAUCUGCGUCGACGGACCGUUCCUGCUCUCUCAACGUGCUUGCAAGCAUUGGGUCGCUCACAAUCGCCCCGGAGUGAUAAUUAACAUCACCUCUGUGCACGAACACACUCCCCACCCACGCAGCAUGGCGUACAAUAGUGCGAAACACGCACUCGGCGGGAUGACCAAGACGCUCGCGGUGGAUAUGGCCAAGUACGGUAUCCGGUGCGUCGCCGUCGCUCCCGGGAUGAUCGCCACGGCUUCGAACGGGAUGGACGAAGACAAGUCCUUCGAGUACCUUGUCCGGGGCUUGCCUGCACAAAGGCCCGGUCAUCCGAGGGAGAUCGCAAAGCUCGUCGCGUUCCUGGCGAGCGAGGACGCUGGGUAUAUUACGGGCACCUCCUUUGCUGUUGAUGGAGGCUUCCUUGUUACCAAUGCCCAGUUCCCUCCGCCUGGACUGCAGGUCGAGGAGGGCGGAAAAGAGGUCCCCCACCCCCCUUGGCAUUAA